AUGUCCCGAAUCAAAUUCAUCAAAAAAGAGCACAGCCCACAUCCAGCAAACAUCGGGAGGUUCGAGUCCAGCUUCCAGGAGAGCGCGAACUUCAAAACACCCGAAUCUUUCGAGAAUUCCGAGCGGAAGUUGCAAAGCCGGAACUCGACGAUCGGCGAUGGGAGGAGAUCCUUGUGCGGCCACAACGCGGUCGACUGCAGCUACUGUCAGCUUUUCUUCAGAGCGGAGAAACGGGCCGCUACCAACAGCCGUGAGCAGCGACUCCAACAGCUCCUCCGCAGGAUCCUCUCCUGCGACCCUCGGGAAAGCGCCAAGCCUAAAGUUCAGCUUCCACCGGCGAAGGGAACCGCGAAAGAGGAAGAAGACUUCCUCACUCCGAUGCUUCUCAGCACGGCCUACUUCGACCAGAAGCCCAAACAUAGCUCGGAUCAGGCUCAUUUGAGACAGAUGCACGAGUCCUGCGAUCGCUUCAACACUAGCAAAUCCGUGAUUGAUUCUCCAGAGCCACGCGCACGAUCGUACUUCAGAGCGAGCCUGGAGCAGGUUCGAACCGAGGAGCUUCUGACGGAGCAAUUCCACGUGCUCCAAACGGAGCAGUUGCACCUGCAGCAGUCGGAGCAGCUCCGAGCUUCGUCGCAGUUCCUGCUGAGCAUGCUCGCCGAGAACCUGGCGCUGAACCUCUCGGACGUCGACUUCACCAACAUGACGCUCAAGUUGAGCCGACGUCGGAUGUCGUACACGAAGACCUUUGUCAAGGCUGUCAACGCUGCUGAGGAUUCGCUUCUGAGGUCCUCUACACUCGAGACGGAUGCGGUAGCUCGUGAACUCCGCGCUGAACCCAAAAGACUCAGACCCAUCUUGAAUUUUGUCUGAAGUGACGUCAUCAAUGACGUUUGAUACGUUUAUUUAUCUAGAGGAUUAAGUACUGACUAGGAAUCUAUGAAGAGUACCUUCAUAGGGGUAUAUGAUCAUACUAGAGGAUUCAUACCUAAUUUCGUCGCUCCUCUGGCGUAAGGACGUAUCUUGAUGUCUGUAUGAGCUUCAGAAAGCAUGGCUUUAUAUGUAAAACAGGGCUCACGUCGAAAUUAAGAUACGACCUUACGUCAAAGGGGCGACGAUUUGCUCAGCCAUCGUAGGCUUCAUGGAGCUGUAAGAUAAAACUUAAGGACGUUACAUGUCGAUGGACGAAAAGACUUAAAACAGACCUGCAGAACUUAGGUCUGAUAAAACCAUUAAACUUGGACGACGUCAUACUUUAUAACUCCUUCAAUAUUAAAAUUGGACGUAGUAACUUUGCAUUCGGAAGAAUCACAAUUCUUUUUUAUUCGUAAGCUACGACUAUCUGAACACGAUUUUAACACACUUACCUAGUCCACAUCUAGGAGGCGGUUAAAUUAGACCUAUCGCAAUAGAUUUUUCAUCCUCAAAAAAGCGUAAGUCUAUAGUCUAUUACCUCCUUCUUUUUUCUCAAUCUAAAGUUGGUACUAUCCUUGAAACGUUUGAUUUCGAUCAACAAUA